CCCAGACCGGACGCGCGUGUAUUCGAACGUCGUUCAAUUGUUUGUUUCUUUUUUUUUCCUCUUGAAAAGGCAAGCCACACGCCAAAGAGGCGCGCUAUCCGUGUGAAAGCGACACGACCACACUGUGUAUGCAGUUUUCCAGUCGACACCUAGGAGAUCAACACACCGACCGCGCGUCACAACGUGUUUACCUUUGGACUUGAAGGGAAAAUCCUGAUUGAGGCUGCACGAAAUUCCGAGCGUCGUCGAAACUUGUAACGAAAUAUAAAGAUUCCAGAGAAAAGAAACACACACGUACACGCACAUUAUAUACAGAGCACACAACGAAAGGCACGAUCGAUACGAAUCAUAACAAACAACGCUUUAAGGCGGAAGAACACAUCGUUGUCAGGACAUCCCGCACGCUGUAUUUCCGGAUAGAGGGAAAAUUCGCGCACGUGUUUGUUUGUUGUUGAUCGAGAGAUACCGCUGCUGCUUGGACCUUCGGUGAUAAGAGAAGAACCCAGGGUGUGCACCAUUGAAGCUGAGCGCGGUGCGUACGAAUUGUCCCGUGGGGGGAAAACCGUCCGAGGUUUGAACUUUCUAGAAGAACCGAGAGAGACAGACGGCGGCGGCGGCGGCCAGAAGUGUAGACCGUGAGAAAGGGAUAAUACGGGCCAUCGAGAGGGAUAGAGAGAAAGAGAGUGCGCGUUGCUGACGAGAGUGUGCCCUGACUAUCGAGAUGGCGUUUAUGAUGCCUGUGGUGAAAAACGAGUGGGACAUUUACAAGACUAACCGCAACCGGCGAUCCUCGGAGUGUUCCAAUCCCCAGGCCUGUCGCAGCAGGAAGGUGUCAGAAUGCUCAAAAUCAGAGGGACCGUCGUUGUCAACGUCUCCCGGCUCGGACUUCUUGACGUCCCCGGCCCAUCGUUCGGUGCCGCUCACCUCCCGUCAUUUCUCGAGAACGUCCUCGAGGGCGUCUCAGUCCUCGUUGCAGAGCCCGAGCAAAAGUACCGGCUCCUCGCCGCCGAAAACGGGGAGCUCGAGCUCGCUGAACAAGUUCCACAAUCGUCUGGUGGACAAGCUGAAGCGAUCGUUGAGGAAGGCUGAGGAGUGCGGCGAGGAUCAACGAAACUUGUCGUGAAACAGCCAGGGGGUUUUGGGCCGGCCACCAAUCCCCGGCUCGAAACCGAUCGAGAUCCGACGCACCUCAGCACCCGUGACCGCGACCGAGGCGAGCAAAGACGGGGUGGCACGAUCGUGCCCGGAUCCGCCGGCGUCGGCAUGGUAGAAGAACACCUGGCUAACCGGAAGAAGAUGAAGAAGAAGAAGAAGAAGAAGGUGAUGAUGAUGAAGAAGAAAGAAGGAGGGAGGAAGUCCCUGCGUGUCGUUCACCGAUGACGAGGAUCGGCCCUGUGAUAACCACACGCUUGGUGAGGAACGGUCCUCGCUCGAGGAUCUAACCGUGGGCAUGACGUGAUGUUGUGUUCGAUUACGACCUGUCUGGAAGAGAAGACAGGAAAGGAAGACAGAAGAUAACGAAGGAUAGAAGCUUGAAAACCAAGGAUUCAGAAGACACAGGACUGACGUGAAAGAGAUCUCCUUGGAGACGAAGAUCCGAAGUACCAACGGGGAUUGAAUUGAAGAUCAAGAAACACAGCGCCCUCGAGAAUAUUCCCUCCGGUCUGCUUGGACCGCGAGCGAGAUGAGGAUGGUCUCUCGUUCGAGAGACGUUCCAUCAUCGUUGGCGUGCUGACGGUGGUCGCCGUUCUCUAGGCAGCCGAAUAUAACGUAACCAGUAGGUUGCCGUGUGCUCUCUUCUCUACGUUUCUUCUCCACAGCGACACACGUCUCGCGAGAUAAAAAAAAAAACUUGCAUUCUUUUCAUUCGAUGAAAUAUAUAGUCCCCACCCCUCCCCAUUUUGGACUCCGUUGCUCAACGGAGAGAAUCUCGGACGAACGGGUGACCAAAAAAAAAAAGGGCCAGUUGCACUGAGGACGGAAUCGGAUUGGGGGCAAGAUCGAUCGGUUGUCCGUUUGUUUAUAGUUUAUAACACGAGCGAGAGAGUCGAUGCACGCCCGCGGCUUCCCUUCCCAAUCCGUCGAGAUCUAUACAAAAAAAAAAAAAAACAAAUCCGCGAGAAUUCAGAAAACCCGUGCUGAUGAUUCCUUUGGAUAACUGUGAGAAUCUGUUUAGGAUGACGGAGAGAAGAGAUUUAUUAAGAGAGAGAGCGGCGGAGGGCGAUGGUUCUCUGCCAUGAAGAAGAAGAAGAUGAUGAAGAGGUUGUGCUGGAGCUCUUUUCUUACGAACUCGCUGGAGCUCCUUUCUUAUGACUUGCUGGAGCUCCUUUCGCGAGCGAAGAACAAUUUACGAGCUUGGGAACAUAACUGAACCAACGGAGAAGAGAGACGAGUGGAAGAAACCAACGAAAGAGGUAUAAUAAUCGUGACAACGGGAAUAUGGUCGUCGUUGGGGUGCACGUGUCAGAGGUGUAUAUAAUAGAGGCGUAGAAUCGCGUACGGGUUCGUGGCCAGCUCUCGGGAUCGAUAUAAUAGAGGAUCUCGGGGAGUCCAGACCUAAAUGAAAAAGAUUGCUAGUUCCUUCGUUGUACAUUUAUCGCGCGUGUAUAGAGUUUUAACUGACGAGGUUUCUUGUAAUCGUUGCUACUACCGCGCACGAACACACACACACACAGCUUUUUUCCGCUGAUUCGAGGACUCGAAAAAACGCGGGAAUCGAUCGUGUGCACGGAUAGAUACAAGUCUACAUUUUUCUGAUUCGAGUAUCUAAGCUCCGGAGCUUCUGUUGAACAAACCUACUACACUAGAUUUCUACUAGUAACUAUGUACUAUUCUACCCGAUAGAAUUCCUUCUCUCGCUUGAGUACACACUUUGUUGUCAGUUUUAUGCAGGGUGACGCAAAAAGAUAGGACAAUCCGCAACAUGUAAAUUCUCCUUGCAAAUACAAAUCAAUCAGAUCUGCACAUACGUGUGGCCGACUGCUCAGCUGAUUGGAGUUCGUUCAACUGCGAAUAUCUCGGAAACGGAGCUUCGGAUUACAAAACGAUAAAGGACUUUUUGAUUUUUAUUUGCAAGGAGAAUUUACAUGUUGUGGAUUCUCCCAUCUUUUUUAAACACCCUCUAUACGUACUUACUCUUUAUCGUUUGUCCGACUGUUAACUCGAA